AGGCCAUAUCACUGUGAUAUCUGUGGUAUGUCAUUCUCUGUCCAAAGUAUUUUAAAAUCUCACAAACGUGUUCAUACAGGAGAGAAGCCUUUUCACUGUGAUGUCUGUAGUAAAUCAUUCUCUCAGAGGAGUGCUUUAACUACCCACGUACGUGUUCAUACAGGAGAGAAACCAUAUUGCUGUGACAUUUGUAACAAAUCUUUCUCAUUCAAAAAUAGCGUGAUUAAUCACAAACGCAUUCAUACAGGAGAAACACCAUAUCACUGUGACUUUUGUGACAAAUCAUUCUCUCAAAAGGGUGUCUUAACUGGACACAAACGUAUUCAUACAGGAGAGAAGCCCUAUCGCUGUGAUAUCUGUGGCAAAUUGUUCUCCAGAACUAGUUCUUUGACUACACACAAACGUAUUCAUACUGGAGAGAAGCCAUAUUCUUGUGAUAUCUGUGGUAAAUCAUUCACUCAACGUGGCAACUUAACUUCUCACAAACGUGUUCAUCAGGGGAAGAAGCAAUCCCACUGAUAUUUGCGCUAAAUCAUAAUCUGUAAGGGGUGACUGAGCCCUUUACCAUGCAGAUUAUUCUGUCGAAUGUGAGGGUUAUUUAUUCACAUAAUUUUCAAUUUGUCAUGCAUUCACCCACAGCUUUCAAGUUUUGAUGAUUGUAGGGUAGGUAUGAGAGGCUGUGUCUAACUUGUUUGAACUAAAAUUGGUAGAAUGUUUAAGCCAGAUACGGCAAGUUUAAAUGCUGAAGGGUUAACACUAGAAGUACCAAGAUUUCUUAUUACUUACAAGAACCAUAGUGAUCAUUUUUGACUGUCAUUGAAAAUCUUAUUUAAUAGAAUUUUUUUAAAUAUAAACAAAUGCAGUGAAUAAAGGAUUUGAAAAUGCAUUCUUUUAGCAUUCAUUUACAUGCAAAAAAUAUAUACCUAUAUAUAUGUGGAGGCGCAAUGGCCCGGUGGUAUGGGCAGCAGACUCGUGGUUUUGAUUCCCAGACCGGGUGUUGUGAGUGUUUAUUGAGC